AUGCUUCAAAACAACAAUUCAAAGCAACUCUUGCAAGAAGUGGAUGCCAAUAUUUCCUUCCCACAAGAAGAAGAGAAGGUGUUGGCCUUCUGGAAGGAAAUUGAUGCUUUUAAAACAAGUGUAAAGAUGUCUGAAGGAAAGAAGCCAUAUUCAUUCUAUGAUGGUCCUCCAUUUGCAACAGGACGAUUUGGAUGGGAUUGCCACGGUUUACCAAUUGAGUUUGAAAUUGAAAAGAUUCUCAAGAGAGAAAUGAUCGAAAGCCAAAAGCUUCUCUCUGAAGAAGACAUGAAGAAUGAGCAAAAAGUGAAGGAAAAGAUUGCCUCCAUGACAUUGAGUCGUGCUGACAUUGAAAAUUAUGGUAUUGCCAGGUACAAUGAAAAAUGUGAAUCCAUUGUCAUGAAGUAUGCCUCGGAUUGGGAAGAAAUUAUUACCAGAUUGGGCAGAUGGAUUGAUUUUAAGAAUGACUACAAGACCAUGAACUUUUCAUUUAUGGAGAGUGUUUGGUGGGUAUUUAAACAAUUGUGGGACAAGGGUCUCGUUUAUAAGGGAGUUCGUGUCAUGCCAUACAGUACAGGUUGCACGACUCCACUUUCAAACUUUGAAGUGGCACAAGGUUACAAGGAUGUUCAAGAUACUGCCAUUACUGUUGCUUUCCCAAUCAUUUCUAGCGAUGAACGAUUCAAAGAUACUAGCUUUUUAGCUUGGACCACCACACCAUGGACUUUGCCAAGUAACUUGGCUCUCUGUGUCAAUGACACCUUUGAUUAUGUGAGAGUUUAUGACGAACAAAAGAAAUGGAACUUUAUUAUUUUGGAAGAAUUGGUGCCAAAGCAUUUCAAAAAAGCAAAGACCAAUGGAAAAUUCAAGGGUGCUGAAUUAGUUGGUUUGAAAUAUGAACCACUUUAUGAUUUUUAUCGUACUGAAUUUGGAGCAGUUGCAUUCAAAGUGGUUUCUGAUGACUAUGUCACUAACACAAGUGGUACUGGUAUUGUCCAUCAAGCUCCAGGAUUUGGAGUUUUACCUCCAUGUCCAUUGGAUGAUGUAGGUCGUUUUGUAUCACCAAUUGAUAAGUUCAAGGGAAUGUACAUUAAGGAUGCCGACCAUCACAUUUGUGAAGAUUUGAGAGAACGUCUCAGAUUAUUUAAGAAGGAAGCCAUUGCUCACAAGUAUCCUUUCUGUUGGAGAUCUGAUACUCCACUCAUUUACAGAACUAUUCCUUCGUGGUUUGUUGCAGUAACUGAAUUGCGAGAACGAUUAUUAGAAAACAACAAGAGAACUUACUGGGUACCAGAACAUGUUCAAGAAGGCAGAUUCCACAACUGGUUGGCUGAUUGCAAGGAUUGGACCAUUUCCAGAAGUAGAUACUGGGGUACACCAAUUCCAAUUUGGAUGAGUGACGAUGGAGAGGAAAUGGUUGCUGUUGGUUCCGUUGCAGAAUUAGAACAAUUGAGUGGCGUGAAAGGUAUUACAAACCUUCACAGACAAUACAUUGAUGGAAUUACUAUUCCAAGUCAAAAAGGAACUGGUAAGAUUUUGAAGAGAGUUACUGAUGUGUUCGAUUGUUGGUUCGAAUCUGGUUCAAUGCCAUACGCACAAAACCACUAUCCUUUCGAAAAUGCUGAAAAAUUCAAGAACACCUUCCCUGCUGAUUUCAUUGCUGAAGGUUUAGAUCAAACAAGAGGUUGGUUCUACACUUUGUUAGUCUUGGGUACUGCCUUGUUUGAUACUUGUCCUUUCCAGAAUGUCAUUGUGAAUGGACUUGUUCUGGCUGAAGAUGGCUCCAAGAUGAGUAAGAGUAAGAAGAAUUAUCCAGAUCCAAAGUUGGUUAUUGAUGAACACGGAUCCGAUGCGUUGAGAUUAUACUUGAUCAAUUCUCCUGUUGUUAGAGCUGAACCUCUCAAAUUUAAAGAAGCUGGUGUCAGAGAUGUCGUGAAGGAUGUCUUGUUGCAAUGGUACAAUGCCUAUAGAUUCUUUGUUCAAGCUGUGAGACGAUAUGUUACUGAGACUGGAGAAUCCUUCAACAGUGAUAUUGCAAACUCUGCCAAGAUUGAAAAUAUUAUGGACAAGUGGAUUGUAUCCUCCAGUAACAGUUUAUUGAAAAAUAUUGCUGAAGAAAUGAAGGCCUAUCGGUUGUACAACGUUACACCAAAAUUAGAAACCUUUAUUGAUCACCUUACUCGUUGGUAUGUCAAGAUGAAUAACAAACGUUUGAAGGGUGAACAAAAGGGACAAACUAAGGAGGAUAGAUUAUCUGCUUUGUCUGCCUUGUUCAUUGCAUUGUACAAUUCUGUGAGAAUUAUGUCUCCAUUUACCCCAUUUUUGUGUGAAAAGAUGUAUCAAAAUCUCAAGAAUUUACUUUCCAAGAGUGAAGCUAGCGUUCACUUUGAAAUGCUUCCUCAAUGUGAUGAGAGUAAGAUUGAUUUAGAAAUUGAAAGAACUGUUGAGUCAAUGCAAAGCGUUGUUAAGGUUGGAAGAACUUUGCGUGUAAGAAAGAAUAUUCCUUCAAGAACACCAGUCUCUGAGUUCAUUGUUUGCAAUGUUGACGAAGAUUUCAUAAGGCGAGUUAAAGAAAUGGACUACUUCAUCAAGAAGGAACUUAACGUUCAUGGAAACAUUGUGGCAACUAAUGACAUUAGACAAUACAGCGUCAAAUUAGAGGCAAGUCCUGACAAUAGACUUUUGGGACAACGUUUGGGCAAGAAGUUUAGAGAAGUGAAUCAGGCUAUCAAAUCAUUGACACACGAACAAUUGGUUCAAUUCUUAAAGACUAGAGAACUCGUAUUGUGUGAUGAAAAGAUUACUAGCGAAGAGUUGAUUGUAAUCAGCAAGUUUGUUGGAACUGAAAAGAAUUACUUUGCUGAUGAUUGCAGUAAUGGUACCUUGAUUCUCAACACUGAGAUGAGCCAAGAGUUAAUGGAAUUAGGUUUCUGUAGAGAAACAACAAGUAUGGUCCAACAACUCAGAAAGAAGGCUGGUUUGAACUUUGAUGAUAAGGUUGAUGUAUUUGUGACAGGCAAGAACUCUUCACAAAUUGUUGAAAUUUUGAAAAAGCACAGCUCUUUCCUCACUCAACACUUGAAGGGUAUGGAAGUUUUCUUUGAAACACCAAGCUCUGAAAGAACAGUGGUUAUUGAUGCCGAGUUGAAUGUUGACAGAAUUAAUAAUGACAAUAAUCUUGUUGUCGUUGUAACUUUGGUCAGAUAA